AGUGAGAACAAAAAAGUUGAACAAAAAUCGUAUGCAUCACUCAUUCAGGGUGCAACUGAUGAAUGUAUGAUAUUACAAGUAAAUGUGUUGUAGUGCGUACGUACAUAUAAUAUGUAUUUUAUUUCAUUAGAAUAGAAUAUAAUAUAGAAUUGAAUAUAAUCUCUAAAACAGAAUAUAAUUUAUUAUAAAAUACAACAGAAUAUAGUAUAGAAUAUUCAGAUAUAUUGAUUGUCGAUGCAUUAUACAUAUUUGUCUCUGUUCAUGCAUUUACAGAUCAAAUCUGAAAGACGAGAGUCAAAUGAUAAUGAUAAUAAAGAGAACAUAUUCACGCCUAAUAAUUGCAGCGUCAACUGUACUCAAAGUACAAAUUCAAAGGUUAAUGAUGACAUAAACAUCGACAUUGGAGGAGUGCUCGUAGAUUUUACACGCUACAGCAGAUGCAGUAGAGAAAACUUCAGAAAGUUUACUAGCGACUUACUUCGCGCGGUAUUUUCAAGAGAAAUCUUGGCGACUUCCAGUUUAACUGAAAAAAUCUCGAAUAUUCAAAAGGCCGCUGAUCCAAAUUACAAAGGAAAAGCCAAAUUAGAUAAAGUUAGAAGCAAUAAAAGCUUAUGCAAUAUCAAUUUUUGGAUAUUUAAAUGAUGUGGAUAAAAUUUUCGAGAAAAUAGUCCGUGCCAAGUGCAACAAUGCUUCUCGUGAUAACAAGAACCAACUAAAAUAACUAAAAUAAUAAAAUUAAUAAGAUGUUUCUAAACAAAAUAUUCAGAAUAAUAAGAUGUUUUUAAA